AUGGAGCCCCAUCCUUCACUGCAAUAUCAGUAUGCAAGGGUAGACGUCGGGUCUGUAGGCACGUCUUCGCCUAAGCCCAUGCCACAUCGCGCAGAGUCCGAGAAAUAUCCGACCGAGGCGUCGGCGUUCGUAGUGGCAGACCAUGGGCAUGGAACUCGUCUCAGGCUCCAUCUGUUCAGCUCCGUGUUAGUUGUGCUAUGGGUCGCUUUUGUCGCUGCUAUGGUGGCCGUCCUUGAGCGGUCCGUCGCGGUGGCACCUACGAGAGUGUCCCUGCCCUGGUAUUACAGCAAUGAUGGGCUGCCGACCGUCAUGAGUACGAUAUUCGCUCAAGCCCACGCCCCAAUCACGGCAAUGCAUCUCUCGCGCCUCUCUAUCUCAGGUCUUCGAACCUCCAGCGGGAGUCCACGUACCUGGACAGAGCUGUUCUGGAUGGCAGACCAGCAGUGGGCAGGUCCAGUGGGCAUUAUCACGACAGGCUGGACAGCCACUAGACGGCGCAUCGGCCCAUCCUUUGCAUUCUUCUUCUUCUCGGGCAUCACUCUCCUAACUGCAGUCACGCCGCUUGUCCUCAACCGCGCGUACCCCAUCAAGACCUUGGACAUCGCCAUACCGCAGGUAUUCUUUCCGAGUGCUCUCUCCCCCUCAAAAUUAGGUGGAGUAGACGCUUACGCAGCCGUGGCUGCUGGUGCUGGUGCUUGGGCAACGAACCAAUCCGUCAUUAGUCUCUUCAACUCGACAACAUACACACCCGUCGGGCAGGCCCAUGUUCACGCAUCUGGCGACUAUUUUUUCGCAGGAAACGCCCUCGAUCUGGACACUCAUCUUCCUGGAGUGCGACUCCGAGGUGGUUGCAACGUCGUCGAUUCUACCGACACCCGCUUCAAUAACACUCCCCAGGGAUUUUCCCAGUUUUGUUCCACGGCGCUGAGCAAUAUAGGUUUCUCUAUGAAGACGGUUAUUGCCCCAAAUGCGUUAGCCUUGAAUGUAUCAGCUUGUACUACUGACGAAUCCUUCGCUCCCUUCAACCAGUCUCAAACCUCCAAUUCCACGACAUACUUUUGGCUAGUAAACACGGGAAGCAACGGCAUGGUCAAGGGCGAUCUCGUCGCCGGCGUCGUACGUUGUGAUGCUCAUGCUGUGUUCGGCAAUGCUUCCGUCCAAGGGCGCUAUACUUCAUUCGACCACUUCACGCCGGACAAGCUGUACGUCCCUUCGCAAGCAGGUGAACCAUUGCUAGGCCCAAUGGCAGCGAUGAUGUACUACCUCCAAACAGUGCCCAACUCGGAGGCCGGGCAGGCAGCUGCGAUCGACGGGCUGGGUUAUUGGCAAGUCGGCAUCAACCAGGGACUGUACUAUAUGUCUCCCUCCCUGGACGGAUUUGCGACCGCUCUUUGGAACGGCAUCGCGCACAUGGCGGCGGCCAUCGAACUUGUCGGUCGCGACACUAACACGCCCUACCAGGCGACCAGGCACGUCGCGGUCUCUGGCCGCAAGCGCGAUGACCGCUUCUUCGUAGCAGCGAUGUGCUUGCUUGCCGUGUGGGUUGUUGGACUCAUCGUGUCUUCCGGUCUUUGGCUUCGCCCGGCGUUCGGCGACAGUUUGGAUAGCUAUGCUGCAGGCCGGCUUCUGGCUGAACAGCCCGAUUUGGUGGAAAAUGAGGAUAUCGGGACACUAGAUAAUAACAGACGUCUACGUGCGAGAUUCGACCCCUUACGGUGAGGCCAGAAGGGUACUGUCGUGUUUGCUAGUGGUCCUCGUUUCUUUAAGCGGCAGCCUCUCCAUGCUCUACUCUGUUAAGUACUGAAUUGCGACUCUCAUGUACAGUGCAGUAGGUCCCCACUGACGUUGUUCCUGAGCAAGGAGAUGGCACAGAGGAAGCGUUGGGAUAUGGGGGGUUCAGGAGCUGGAUGUUGUGUUCACAGCAAG